AUGCCCAACCAUUGUGUGGCAUUUGGCUGCAGUAAUUCAAGUAAUAAACAUAGCAUCAGCACUUUCCACUUUCCUAAAGACCUUGCUCUAAGGAAGCAAUGGAUUUUGAAUGUAAAGAGGACAAGAGAUCACUGGAAAGGACCAACUUCCAGUUCUGUUAUAUGCAGCUGUCACUUCACUGAAGACUCUUUUGAAGAAUCAUUAAAGCACUACCAGUCUUUUAGCAUCAAGAGAAAAAGGAAGUUGAAGCCAAAUGCUAUUCCUACUAUAUUUAAGAGGCAAUGUGAGAGCGAUGUUGAGGAACCUAAGUCAAAAAGAAGGAAUGCAGUAGAGAAAAGAAAGAAACAUAGGGUAUGA